UCUGUUUUGGUUUUAAACUGGCGGCACACACACCCAAAAAUACUACAUACGCGGGUGACCGAAACUGUGCUGGGUGACGGCUGUGUGUGCGUUUGUGUUGGCCUAUGUACGUACACAUAUGUACGUAUUAAUUAUAAUUAAAAUUUACUUCAUGGCACAAGCGAUAAAAGAUUGUAAUUCAGAGAACGGGAAGCGGCGACGCUGUCAGAACAAAAGCAAAAGCAAAGCCACCACCAACACAAUCGCAUCCGCAGCAGCGACAACAGCAGAGGCAGAGUCAGCAGCAGCAGCGGCAGCGGCCGAGCGAAAAAAGAAAAAAAUCUGACAAAAACUAGAUACGAGGCGGCGAAGUGCAAAUUUAGAAUUCUUAUUACAAGUUCAUGGGAAAGUAGCCGCCGUGACGAAUAUUCGUGGAGCCAAGUGAGUGGAGCAGCAGCAAGCGGUGCGUUGUGUUGCUCAUCCUCGGCGUUUUUAAGUUUUGAACGUUGAAUUUGUCGAAUUGUUGAAUGGCCCAUCGUCGCGACUCGCGAGCCACAUAGUAGACCAGUCCGAGUCCGAGUCCGAAUCCGAGUCCGCGUACCACGCAUCCGAAAUCUGAAUCCCACCUCGCUCGCUUGCUGGUUCGGCUCUCUCUCUCGUCGUAAUCUCGCCACGGAUUCUCACCUCGGUGGCGGCACUGGCGUAGCCCUGGGCAGCAGCACACGUGGUGGGGGCGCCCGGACGCAGUGAGCCCCACGCCGGCGAGCCACUGUUCUUGCCGCGUGGUGAGUUCGACGGCUGGGUCCCCAACUCGUGGUGGCGUGGUGUCUCUUUGCGCCUGACUUGGCUCCCUGGGCUCCGACGGGCUCUGCCUCAAUCGACGUUGAACCGUGUGGGUGAGCAGGUGCGCAGCUCCUCAGUGUCGCGUGGCUGCCUGGUGUGUGUGUGUGUGCUGGCGUUCAAUUUGUGUGAAUUCAGCUUGGUGGCCGAGAAAGAGUGCUCGCGGAGUGGAACCGAACGUUCACACAUAAGGAGGAAAUAAAUAGAAAACUAAUUCAAGUCGCAGGCACACGGGCUUAUUAAAAGGCAGCGAUGUCCACCGCCGUUGAAACGGGGUCGUCGCCUGCCAAGAGCAACAACAGCAACAGCAACAACGGCAACAGCAAUAGCGGCAACGGUAAUCCCAGCCCAAAUGCAAAAGGCGUGCAGCGUCGUCAACUGCGGGAGAGGAAGCAGCGCAAGCUUUAUCUGGACGAGUGGUCGCUGGGCGAUGACGAUGGAGAGGGGACGCGCGGCUUCAGCGUGGCCGAGAAGCUUGAAUCUUCCAAGUUCGCGCAGGCGGGAAUGGUGCGAGAGAUGCGCGGCUGCGAUCUCACCGUCGCUUUCCUGCAGCAGCACGGUUUCAACAUCCCUUUGCUGUUUCGGGACAAGGCGGGCCUAGGCCUUAAGAUGCCCGAUCCUCAGGAGUUCACCGUCAACGAUGUCCGCCUGUGCGUCGGAUCGCGCCGCCUCCUCGAUGUGAUGGACGUUAAUACCCAGAAGAAUCUGCAGAUGACCAUGAAGGAGUGGCAGCAAUACUACGACAAUCCUCAAAAGGAUCGCCUUUUGAACGUGAUCUCACUGGAGUUUUCGCACACACGACUGGACCGAUUCAUCCAGAGCCCGGAGAUCGUCCGCCAGAUCGACUGGGUGGACGUGGUAUGGCCGAAGCAGCUUAAGGACGCCCAGCGCGAGGGCACCAAUCUGCUGGGCGGCAUGAUGUACCCCAAGGUCCAGAAAUACUGUCUCAUGUCGGUGAAGAACUGCUAUACGGAUUUUCACAUUGAUUUCGGCGGCACCUCGGUGUGGUAUCACAUUCUCCGGGGCAGCAAAGUUUUCUGGUUGAUUCCUCCGACGGAUCGCAAUCUCCAACUCUACGAGAAGUGGGUUUUGUCCGGCAAGCAGGCCGACGUCUUCUUUGGGGACACGGUGGAGAAGUGCGCCAGGGUGUACCUGACGGCAGGUAAUACCUUCUUCAUACCCACGGGAUGGAUUCAUGCCGUCUACACGCCGACCCAAUCGCUGGUGUUUGGUGGAAACUUCCUGCAUUCCUUCGGGAUCGUGAAGCAACUGAAGACCGCCAGCGUGGAGGACAGCACUAAGGUGCCCCAGAAAUUCCGCUAUCCAUUCUUCACGGAGAUGUUGUGGUAUGUCCUCGCCCGGUACGUUCACACGCUGUUGGGCCACUCCCACCUGGAUGGUGAGCCCUCGUUGAGUGAGGCGGAGAUGGCCGCUAGACCCCACACCCAUCUCACCCAUCACGAGCUAUUCGGUCUGAAGGAGAUUGUGAUGUAUCUGUACGAUCUGCCGCCGCAAAAGAAGAACGUGCCCAGCCUGGUCUUAGAUCCGGUUGCUCUAAUUAAGGACGUGCGCUCGCUGGUAGAGCGACACUGCAAGGACCAGCAGGAUCUAGCCAUUACGGGUGUAUCAGUCCUUAAGACUCCGUCGGAUGCCCACCCACAGUUCCAGCUGUACGAUCGAACACGGGUGAAGCAGGAGAUCAAGCAGGAAAUUGCCCGGAAGAACGCCGAAGUGAUCCGGGAGCAGCAGCAACUGGAGGCAGGGCGGGCACGCGAUGCCGAAUCGGAUGCGUCGGCUUCAACCGGAGCGGGAUCCGUUAUGGGAAUGGGAGCUGGCAUCGAGUACAGCAAUGGUGUCAUGAAAAAGGAGCAGCUGGAGAAUGGAAGUGGAGCAUCGGCAGCCGGUCAUACAUCGCAGCCAGAAGCCACCUUUGUUCUGCCGACGGAUACGAUGAAGUAUCGUCCUCCUAAGAAAAUGCAUCUAGCCCAGGCCGUUGCUGCUGCGUCCAGUAGUAGUGGCACACCAGGAGGAUCAACUGGAGGAGGUUCUUCAGUCAUUGCUAGCAAUCAAUGCCCCACUGCCGGAGCAGCAACUGUGGCAGGACUAGGCCAACCCAUUAGCGUUAUUGCCACCUGUUCAAGCUACAGCGACGGAGGAACAGGUGGUGGAAUCUCCAGCCUAGACAACUGUCCAUCCCCGGGCGAAGGAGGGCCAAAGCUGUCUCCCAAUCUGACCGGAGCUGGGCAACCUCGAAGGCGCCGGACCCGUUGCAAAAACUGCGCUGCCUGCCAGCGUUCAGACUGCGGGACUUGUCCUUUUUGCAUGGACAUGGUCAAGUUCGGGGGACCGGGACGGGCCAAGCAGACAUGCAUGAUGCGCCAGUGCUUGUCGCCGAUGCUGCCGGUUACGGCGCAGUGUGUCUAUUGCCACCUGGACGGAUGGCGGCAGACUCCGGUGUCGCCUCAGACCAAGCAGCUGGCGUCAAUUGAUGGGCCCUCGGCGCUGAUGGAGUGUUCGGUGUGCUACGAGAUCGCCCACCCGGACUGUGCUUUGUCCCAGUUGGACGGAACUGAAGAUGCCGCGGAUGCCAAGGGCAUUGUGAACGAAGACUUGCCAAACAGCUGGGAGUGUCCAAGUUGUUGUCGGUCUGGAAAGAACUACGACUACAAGCCCCGUCACUUCCGUGCCCGUCAGAAAUCCUCGGAGGUUAGACGAGUGUCUGUAUCCCAUGGUCCGGGAGGCACUGGCGAUGGUCAUCAGGAGGGAAGUGGCCUGCCCCUUCCAGUCGGUCAAUACAAUGACUUUGUAUUCACCAGCGAAUCGGAAAUGGAGUCCGGGACAGCAAGCGGCCAUAUGACGCACUGGAAGCAUGGAAUGAAGCGCCAUCAUCAGCUGGAGGUCAAAACCGAGCGCAACAAUAGCUGCGACACGCCGUCUCCUGGCAUUUCGCCAAAUGCCGUGGGAGGAGAUUCCAAAGUAGGAAAGCGGCGCAAGAGCGAUGAUGGAACCAGCGUCAGCAGCAGCAUGCAGGAGAGUAACGAUGCUCCUUGUAGCUCUUCCGUGGACGGAGCAGCUGGAACGGGCAACCCCAAUGUCUCCACCAGCCAGUGGAGCAGCGGAGGUGGCGGUGGCUCCCGAAAGAAGAACUCUAUUCGCUCGCAACUGGCUCAGCAGAUGCUGAACUCUUCGACGCGGGUUCUUAAAAAGCCGCAGUAUGUUGUGCGUCCCGCUGGCAUAUCCAGUUCCUCCUCCUCGGGCGGCAAUGGGUCAGGUAGUGCGGGUGGCACCAAUGGAAUCAGUAAUGGAAACAACCAAAGUGGAGCCAAUUUCAGUGGAAAUGGAGAGAGAGGUGCCAACAAUGGAGGAUUAAGUGGCUCCAAUGGACUGAGUCACCACAGUUCGGCCCAGAACCUGGCUAUGGACCCCACUGUUCUUAAGAUUAUCUUCCGCUACCUGCCGCAGGACACACUAGUCACCUGCUGCUCGGUGUGCAAGGUGUGGUCCAACGCUGCAGUGGACCCUGAUCUUUGGAAGACUAUGAACUGCUCGGAGCACAAGAUGUCGGCUUCAUUGUUGACAGCCAUUGUGCGUCGGCAGCCGGAGCACCUGAUCCUGGAUUGGACGCAAAUAGCCAAGCGUCAGUUGGCCUGGCUGGUGGCCCGCCUACCCGCUCUCAAGAAUCUCUCGCUGCAAAACUGCCCUAUUCAAGCGGUACUGGCGCUCCACACCUGCCUCUGUCCGCCACUUCAGACCCUGGACUUGAGUUUUGUUCGUGGAUUAAAUGACGCUGCUGUCCGGGAUAUACUCUCGCCACCAAAGGAUUCACGGCCUGGCUUGAGUGAUUCUAAGACGCGGCUGCGGGAUCUCAAAGUGCUGAAGCUAGCUGGUACGGAUAUCUCCGAUGUGGCCGUGCGGUACAUAACCCAGUCACUGCCGCAUUUGCGCCACCUGGAUCUCUCAUCGUGCCAGCGGAUCACGGAUGCUGGGGUGGCCCAAAUAGGCACCUCCACCACGGCCAUCGCCCGUCUAGCCGAACUGAAUCUUAGUGCAUGCCGCUUGGUAUCGGAAAAUGCUCUGGAACACCUGGCCAAGUGCGAGAUGCUUGUGUGGUUGGAUCUGCGCCAUGUGCCACAAGUGAGCACCCAGUCGGUUAUUCGCUUUGCCAGCAACUCCAAGCACGACCUGUGCGUCCGAGACAUCAAGUUGGUGGAGCGCCGACGUAGGAACUCGACAACAGUGGUCAGGAGCUGGCACCACGACUAGAUUAAUGUUGAUCUAAGCACUCUUUCUAAGCCCCAACCCCGUUAACUCAUCCAAGUCGUCGGAGGGCCCUCAGCAUAAGUUUUAUUUGAUUUUUGAGCGCUAAGCUAGUCAGGAAUGAAGUAUGUUCCGGUCCGGUUCGGUCUGUGGGUCCGUGUUUAUCGAAUGCAAUGGCCGUUUAUGGGGGUUAACUCUUCGAAGGUCACUGAUGAGGAUGUCUGGCAGCAUCCGAAAUACGCAACUAUCACCAAGUGUCUCACCUGCUAUCUGACCAGCCAGUUUUGUAAUCCAUUUUAAUUCAAAUUUUAAAAUUAAAACUCUCCUCUUAGUUCUUUUAUAUCGGAUAGUGAUUUUUUCCAGUUUUAAUCCGUCCGUUUCAUGGAUAUUUUGCAUCCGUUUGGACAUUGCGAAGGGCCCUGCUCCGGUUGGUCCGGAGGAUAAUGGUUUUCUAUAGACACCACCACCUCUCACUCGGACUUAGCGUAGUGAUUAAGAUUAGCAUUCCCAUGAAGGUAGUCACCCCUAUUCAGUGUCAUAUGUCUAAGGUAUCCAGGAAAAGAAGGUAGCACUAGGUGCACACCCAUCCAGCUUAUUUAAACCCAGCUCGCACUAAGAACCACAGGCAUAAGCGAUGCGUUUCGGGACUGUAAAAACUGUGCAACAAAAUGAUUAUUUUAUUUGAUUAUUAAGCAAAUUUUUUAUAGAAAUUUUUAAUUUUUACAAAUUAGGCCUUACUCUCGAUGCAAUUGAAACGAAUGAGUUUCGCCCUCCCGGUUUCGCAGUUCCGAGCCACAUUGUACUAGAGCUCAUACCGCAUGUAUGGGUAUAGCCCGCCUGCCAAGCUGCACCCUGAAUGGAAUCCCCAAUGCCCAAAUCCUAUGUAACUCCCUCAAAAGUCCCGCUCCAGUAGCAGUUAAAAAUAGUGAUAACAUGGCUAAAAUUUACACUUGAGAGCAUGUAAGAAAUACACGCAUACUUAUAUUUAAUGUUUUACAAAAUUACAUUACAAAUAUAGAAUAAUGUUUCAAGACUUCUAGUA